UAGAUUAACUCGUCAUCUCCAUCAUAAGUCGUUUUCUUCUUCUAGUUUAACAAACCAAUCAAAACAAUGCUACGUUAUUCACAACCACUAUAAUAAACCAAGUACUCAUCAAUCUUCAGAAUCUGUGGAUUGCACCUAUUUAUGCACAACUUUUAUGUUGGUUUAUUCUUCAUACUGGCCUUUUUCCUUUUCUUUCCUUGAGAUCAUCAUAGUUUGACAAGUGUUUCAUAACGAUUAUAUAAGGUUUCCCAUUUCCCAGAUUCAUGCCCAGAAGUUAGAAUAAACAGAUCAGUUAACAUUUCUACUCUGAUGUUCGGAUUGGGAUUUCUUCAGAGUCCUACCUUUACACUUCCUUUUGAAGUUUCCAAAAUGUGUCCUGCAGCUUGUUUUGGAGUUAAACCAUCCUAUGAAAUUGGAAAUAUAGGCAGUUUCUUGCCUCAAAAGUGUACAAGAUCAAACAGUAUAAGAGCAGAAGUACUUAUAGCUGAUCCUAAGCGGGGCGAACGCGUUUUUCCAGAGCUGACAAUUCAGGGGAUUCCGCGGGAUGAUUUCCAUAUAUCCGAGAUUGUCAAGAAGCAGUCACAGACAAAUGGCUUCUUCAGAAAGGGUUCUCUCAGAAAAGUGAACUUCAAUCCCAUGUUUCUUGAAGAAGCGUACCAGAGAUGCCAGAUCAUUUGUGCUGAAUAUGCGAAAACGUUCUACUUAGGCACAAGACUAAUGACUGAAGAGCGACAACGAGCGAUUUGGGCUAUCUAUGUCUGGUGCAGGAGAACUGAUGAACUGGUUGACGGCCCGAAUGCUGACUACAUAAGCUCUACUGCUCUUGACCGGUGGGAAGAGAGAACAGAAGACAUUUUCAGAGGCCGGCCUUAUGACAUGCUUGAUGCUGCACUUGCAGAUACAGUAUCCAAGUUCCCUUUAGACAUCAAGCCAUUCAAAGACAUGAUUGAAGGGAUGAGGAUGGAUACAUGGAAAAGCCGAUAUGAGAAUUUUGAGGAACUCUGCCUCUAUUGCUACUAUGUAGCCGGCACUGUUGGCCUAAUGAGUGUUCCAGUCAUGGGAAUUGCACCAGAAUCAGCAGUGUCUUCACAAAGCAUCUAUGACGCGGCAGUAUAUCUAGGCAUUGGAAAUCAACUGACCAACAUUCUGAGAGAUGUAGGAGAGGAGUAAGUUUUCUGACCUAAUUCUACUAGCAGCAACAUGCAGGUUUUGAUAUAUUGAUAUGUUCCUAAUUCUGGCUUUGGAAUAUUCAUUUUUCAUUUCUAGUGCACAAAGAGGAAGAGUUUAUCUUCCCCAAGAUGAACUCGCUCAAUUCGGAUUAUGUGAUGAGGAUGUGUACUCAAGGAAGGUCACUGAUGGAUGGAGGGAGUUCAUGAAAAAGCAGAUUAGUCGUGCUAGGUUCUACUUUAAUCAAGCCGAAGAAGGAGCCUCUCAACUUGACAAGGCUAGCCGUUGGCCGGUAAGAUUUAUGGAUCAAAAUGUUCAUGAAACCUUUCACUCAAAAAGGAAAGAUCCAUUUUGAACAAUCAUAUAUGAAUAAUUUACUGCAUUGUUUCGCGUUAUGCAUCAUCAUAUUAAACAUUUUACUGAGUUCUAAAGAUGAAUGUUUUGUUGCAGGUCUGGUCAUCCCUGAUGAUAUAUAGGCAAAUAUUGGAUGCAAUAGAGGAGAAUGACUACGAUAACUUGACCAAGAGAGCCUAUGUAAAGAGAACCAAGAAGUUUCUGACGUUACCUCUUGCCUACACUAGAGCUGUAUCGUUGUCCACUUUGGCCUUACAAUAAUCUCUCUGUUUGAAUCACUUAAUACUUGAAGGACAAUAACCUUGAAUACUAUUAUACUAAGCCGUGUAUGACAGUUAAAAAGUUAGUAUAAGUCAGAAUUGUAUACAAAUUGGCUUUCAUAUAGUAAAAUUUUAUUUUGAUACUGUUUAAUUCAGAGGCUGUCUAUAUAUAUUAUGUAAACCUUUCUCAAGAAAAUUGCCUUGAGAAAAACUAAUCUUCUAAACAAUUCAACCUAGU